UUUAUUUUUUUUUCCCCAUCUCUCGCCUCCUGUCAGUGAGCCUCUAAAAAAACGCUUGCUGGCAGUUUUUUAAGCAUCUUGAUGAUGGCGGAGGACAGUGAGUCCGCGGCCAGCCAGCAGAGCCUGGAGCUGGACGACCAGGAUACGUGUGGGAUAGACGGAGACAACGAAGAGGAGAAUGAGCAUAUGCAGGGCAGUCCGGGGGGAGAGCUGGGGGCUAAGCGGAAGAAGAAGAAGCAGAAGAGGAAAAAAGAGAAGCCCAGCUCGGGCUCUGGAGCCAAAUCUGACUCUGCUUCUGACUCUCAGGAAAUCAAGAACCCUGGCUUGCCCAUUCAGAAGCUCCAGGACAUCCAAAGAGCCAUGGAACUGCUGUCCUGCCAGGGUCCAGCAAAGAGUAUCGACGAGGCAACCAAGCACAAAUACCAGUUCUGGGACACCCAGCCUGUCCCAAAGUUAAAUGAAGUCGUGACAAGCCACGGUCCAAUUGAAGCUGACAAAGAAAACAUCAGACAGGAGCCAUAUUCUUUACCUCAAGGCUUUAUGUGGGACACCUUGGAUCUUAGUAAUGCAGAUGUAUUGAAAGAGUUGUACACGUUGUUAAAUGAAAACUAUGUGGAGGAUGAUGACAACAUGUUCAGGUUUGAUUAUUCACCAAACUUUCUCAAAUGGGCUCUGCGUCCACCUGGUUGGUUACCGCAGUGGCACUGUGGAGUACGAGUGUCCUCAAAUAAGAAGCUUGUUGGAUUCAUCAGUGCCAUCCCUGCAGACAUACGCGUCUAUGACAUGACAAAGAAGAUGGUAGAAAUCAACUUCCUCUGUGUUCACAAGAAGCUGCGUUCGAAGCGCGUUGCUCCUGUGCUGAUCCGAGAGAUAACACGGAGGGUGAACCUGGAGGGAAUAUUCCAGGCGGUGUACACAGCCGGAGUUGUGCUGCCUAAACCCGUGUCUACAUGCAGGUACUGGCAUCGUUCGUUGAACCCGAGGAAACUCGUGGAAGUGAAAUUUUCCCAUCUGAGCAGAAACAUGACGUUGCAAAGAACCAUGAAGCUCUACAGGCUACCAGACAGCACUAAGACUCGAGGCCUACGGCUGAUGGAGAGACGUGACCUCCACCAGGUCACUGAGCUGCUGCAGAAAUACCUGAGACGUUUCCACCUUGCACCGUCCAUGGGAGAAGAAGAGGUUGCUCACUGGUUCCUACCACAGGAAAACAUAAUUGACACUUAUGUUGUAGAGGUCUGUACAUCUACUUCCUGUCCUCAAGCUAGCAACUCGUUUUGUUGUUUUUCUUAUAAAAAGAUGUGCUUUCCUCUCUUUCAGACUGCAGGUGGCGUACUCACAGACUUUACUAGUUUCUACACUUUACCCUCAACUGUGAUGCAUCACCCUCUACAUAGGAGCCUGAAGGCAGCUUACUCAUUCUACUGCGUUCAUACUGUAACUCCACUACUGGACUUAAUGAAUGAUGCACUGAUCCUGGCAAAAAUGAAAGGCUUUGACGUUUUCAAUGCCUUGGAUCUGAUGGAGAAUAAGGUGUUUCUGGAGAAGCUGAAGUUCGGCAUAGGAGAUGGAAAUCUGCAGUAUUACCUCUACAAUUGGAAAUGUCCCCCUAUGGACCCUGAUAAGGUCGGUCUCGUCCUUCAGUAGCGGCCCGUUUCACAGCUGCUCCACAAACGAGCGUCGUUAACUUCAGCUUCUGGAUUCUCCUCACUUGGACCUGCGGGUCGCCCGAGCUCAACAGUGACAUCUACCACAAGUCAACCAACCUCGUGACCGGGCUGUGGUCUCAUUAAGAACUCCUGCAGUCUGCCCAGAGGUGAAAACUCUUCAAUCAUCAUCCUGAAUGUGAAGUCAUGCUAUGCCUGAGAUAUCCUUACAGUUACAGUGCUGUUGACAUGCGCUCCCGCUCCUAAAACACGACGCUCGGACGUUCCAGAGGAUGCCUUGGCAUUGUGAAUUUUGUUUCUAUUUCCUCAUUCUCUACAGACAUUGUCAGCAGGGGGCUGGUAUGAAAUGCCUGUUCAUAUACCUAUGUAAAUGAUGAUCAACGAGGCAGUUACGUUUUUACAUGUUCAUCCUCUCCAGUCCGCCAUCGUGCCGCUGCGCCAUGUAUCGUUUCCCUCCGUUUUUAUAUCACUGUGGUCAUUAUGUGGCUGUUUUAGGCCUACGUAGGAUUAGGACCUGUAAGAGAGUGUUUCAGACUCCUACCGAAACGCUUUUUCUUCAGUAAAAUAUCUGUAACAAAGGAAAUCUCGUACAAGACAACACAAGAACUGCAACAUGUAGUUUACAUUAAAAACAAAACCACAUUUAUUCCUGUAGUUUGAGUUGCAGGUUUGUGAGGGCUGAUCUAUAUCCUUCUUCUUCUUGAGUUGUGUAGAAGUCGGUGGCUUUUUAAUGACGAAUGUACAGCAUCGAUGAAGCACAAUUUUACAAACAAGUCAAAUGGUUCUCUUACAAAAAUCUUAAACGUUUGGUUUUGACAAAUGGGAGGAACUGUUUUACGUUAUAAAGCUGAGGUUUUGUAAUUUAACAUUAAACCCAUACAUGUAGUAGUAUUUACUGUUGCACUCCAUCUUUGUUGUUUUUGGUACACUUCCCAGUUAGCAGGAGCUCUAAAAAAAGGCAAUACAUUUCAUUUCGAUUGGGAUUUUUGUAGAAAUUAAACGGCUUAUUGGCUUCAAAAUAGAAUAGUCAAGCAACCACGGUCUAUUUUUAGUUUAACCAUUGCCACUUGCGUCCACUGGUUCAGAAGUGCAAUAUAUAUCCAUAUGUCGAAACAUUGAAAGCCAACCAUUGGACUGGAUAAACCUGGGUUAUAAAUUGAAGCGUUAAUUAAUCAAAAAAUCAGAGGAAACUUUUAAUACAUUUCUGUAAGUUCAUCACACACUUUUAUUGGCUUUCUGAAAUCUUUUUUUUUCUUUCUUUCAGACAUUAAAAUAUGUAGUGGGUCAUUUUGUUUUAGUGUGAUGUGCAGCUAACUGUAUAGAAGUUGUGAUAUUUGUUAAUGUAAAAUGUCAACUUCAAUUCUCCCUUCACCCAUACUUUUUUGAGGGUGGUUACCAGUUCUGUGUGCUUCAAUGAGCAAAGGUUUUGACCAACCACUUG